CAGAAUGUCAAUCAAUUAAGAACUCAGUUUUGACUCAAAAUCGAAUAGCAAUUUUAAAAAUUAUUAGUCUGAGUCUCAUUACAAUCAUUUGAUAGAAUAAUGGUAAGAUAAAAUUUAAAGCCUAUAAUAAAAUAUCUAAGAAAUGCAAUAAUAAAAAGAGGAUGUCAAAAAUGCUUUAUUAGAAGCAUAGUCUAGAUUAAAAAAUAAACGAUCGUUUAUAGAGGAUUCAAAGGAUCAUCUUAAUGAAACUAAGGAAUUAGAUUAUGUAGUUCCAAUCAAUUUAGAAAAACUAAAUAAUUCAAUGAGUUAAUACUUAGAUGAAAGUAUCACAACUUAAGAAUCUUAAUCUCAAAUCUAGAAUGUUAAAUUUCAACCUAUAGCUUCAUUUUUAAUGGAAAUUUAAUUGAAAGAACGUUACCUUUAAAAUUUUAUCGAUUUAAGAAUAUAUGAUAAUAUAAGUUUAUAAAAUUCUUUACCUACUUCAAAUCAAUGUAAAUAUUUGCUAAAUAAAUAUGGUAUUGAUAGAUUGGGAUAUUAAAGAAGAAUUUUAGCCAAAUUAGAUGAAUGUAAUUUUAACUAAUUUAUUUUUAGAAAUGGGAUUAACUUCUUAAAAAAGUUUACUAUAAAAUUUGAACAAUUAUUAAAAUUAUAUACCAACAAUAAAGGAAUGGCUAAAAUCAAUAAAUUUUUAACAUUAUUAUCCAAACUUUAUUCUAGCUGGUUAUGACAAUUUUCAAUAUUUAAUUUAUUUAGAAUAAAGUUAAUAUAAAUUGACUCUAACAGAUUUCAAAGAAUCUUUCUGUAUUGAUAAUGAAUCAGAUUCUAAAUUAAUUUUGGCACAUCUUGUUAUAAGUAAUUUUUAAAAUUUAUUACUAUUAGCUUUUGAUAAAAUUAUGAAUUUUAAUUUAUGGAAUAUUUAAACCUCAAAAAAAAAUAAAGAAUCAGAUUUUCUAUUAGUUUAAUGUGCAUUACCUAAUAAUAAAUGUUUAAUUUUUUGA